UUGUGUCUCAUUUCCACCCACAAGCCACAAAACGCCCUUUUCCAUUUCCUUUUCUAUUCUCUUUUUCCCCCAUUUUCACUCGGCUUAGUACUUCCCUCAAUCUCUUUCCUUCACUCAUCAAUUUUCCUUUUUUCCCCCAAAAAGGCGAAGAAUCAAAGAUCUAGACUCCCCCCCCCCCCACCAGGCAGCGGUCCCCGAUUCCAUCUCCGAUCCCAGUUUCCAAUUACUGACAAAAAUUUUCCAUUCCCAGGGAUCCCAAACUCCGAUCUUCCCUCGCUUUCAUGGCCGAUCCGACCAUAGUCCCCCCCAGAUUGAUGUUUUGCUAGUAAAUUACUGGUUUUUUUGGGUCACUUAAUUUGUAAUGCAAUCUACUGGGACAAAGAAAAGAAGGAACUUGAAGCGUUCAAGAUCGUUUCCUUGCUGCGAGAUGCCAGUGACUGAUACCACUGUUGCAAAGGCUCUUGACGAUUGCAUUCUUUUUCCUGUUGAAGAGAUUGUGCAGUAUCCUUUGCCCGGUUAUGGCGCCCCAACUUCAAUCAGCUUCAGCCCUGAUGAUAGCUUGAUAACCUUUUUGUUCAGUCCUGAUUACAGCUUGAAUAGGAAAGUGUUCACAUUUGAUCCCGAAACUUCUAGGCAAGAAUUGUUUUUCAGUCCUCUUGAUGGUGGGCUUGAUGAGAGUAAUAUAUCUGCGGAAGAGAAGUUGAGGAGGGAGAGGUUAAGGGAGCGGGGGCUCGGGGUCACCAGGUAUGAAUGGGUGAAGAUGAGCUCGACGAGGAAGACGAUUAUGGUGCCGUUGCCAGCUGGGGUUUAUUUUCAAGAUUUUGCAUUACAGCCGGAGCUUAGGCUUCCAAGCACGUCAUCCUCUCCAAUCAUUGAUCCACAUCUUUCACCAGACGGUUCCAUGCUUGCUUAUGUGAGGGAUUACGAGUUGCAUGUGUUUAACAUCUUUCACGAUGAGUCAAAGCAGUUGACGUUUGGCGCUGAUGGAAAUAUUUUGACUCAUGGUCUUGCGGAAUACAUAGCACAGGAAGAGAUGGAUCGGAAGAAUGGGUACUGGUGGUCUCUGGACAGCAAAUUUAUAGCAUUCACACAAGUUGAUUCAUCGGACAUACCACUUUUCAGAAUCAUGCACCAGGGUAAAAGUACAGUUGGUCCAGAGGCACAGGAAGACCAUGCUUAUCCAUUUGCCGGGGCUUCAAAUGUCAGAGUCCGCCUCGGGGUAGUUUCUGCCAGUGGAGGUCCCGUAACUUGGAUGGACCUCCACUGCGGAGAAAAGAAUCAUCAAGCAAAUGACGAUGAGGAAUACUUGGCCAGAGUCAACUGGAUGCACGGAAAUAUCCUUACUGCCCAGGUUUUGAACCGAUUGCAUACCAGAUUAAAGCUCGUAAGGUUUGAUAUCAAAACGGGUCAAAGAAAAGUUAUAAUGGUUGAAGAGCUAGACACAUGGGUUAAUCUGCACGACUGCUUCACUCCUUUGGACAAAGGACAAACCAAAUCCUCUGGCGGGUUUAUUUGGGCUAGUGAAAAAACAGGAUUUAGGCACUUAUAUGUGCAUGACAUAGGCGGGGUUUGCUUGGGACCUAUAACCAAAGGCGAUUGGAUGGUUGAGCAAAUUGCUGGCGUAAAUGAGGCUGCCGGGCUUGUAUAUUUCACUGGAACUCUGGACGGGCCUUUGGAAUCUCACCUUUAUUGUGCUAAACUUUUCCCAGAUGAAAUGUAUCCCCCAGUGAGACUCACUCAAGGGAAAGGAAGACACGUGGUCGUGCUCGACCAUAAAUUGCAAAGAUUUGUUGAUAGUCACGAUUCUCUGGCUUCUCCACCUAGAAUAUCACUUUGCUCUCUGCAGGAUGGAAGCUUAAUUAUGCUUCUGUUUGAACAACCAUUCACCAUCCCGAGAUUCAAAAGGCUUCAACUCGAGCCUCCAGAGAUUUUUCAGGUCCAAGCAAACGACGGGACUACUUUAUUUGGGGCAUUGUACAAACCUGAUGAGGCAAAGUUUGGACCUCCACCGUACAAAACAUUGAUCAGCGUGUAUGGCGGUCCGAGCGUGCAGCUCGUUUGCGAUUCGUGGAUGAACACUGUUGACAUGAGAGCUCAGUAUCUCCGGAGCAAAGGCAUCUUAGUAUGGAAGUUAGAUAACAGAGGAACCGCUCGUCGAGGACUUAAGUUUGAAGGUGCCCUAAAGUACAAUGUUGGAGGCGUUGACGCGGAGGAUCAACUGGCAGGCGCUGAAUGGCUCAUCAAGCAGGGGCUGGCGAAAGUUGGGCACGUUGGUCUGUAUGGAUGGAGCUACGGCGGAUACCUCUCGGCCAUGACCCUAGCCAGGUUCCCCAACGUCUUCAGGUGUGCGGUUUCUGGCGCUCCCGUGACGUCGUGGGAUGGCUACGACACGUUCUACACGGAGAAGUACAUGGGGCUGCCCUCGGAGAACAGGGAAGGGUACAGGACCAGCUCGGUGAUGCACCACGUGGACAACAUCCAAGGGAAGUUGUUACUCGUGCAUGGGAUGAUCGAUGAAAACGUGCAUUUUAGACACACGGCGAGGCUCGUCAACGCGUUUGUGGCUGCCGGAAAGCCCUACGAGUUGUUGAUCUUCCCGGACGAGCGACACAUGCCGCGCCGCCUCCGGGACAGGAUUUACAUGGAGGAGAGAAUCUGGGACUUCAUAAGCAGGAACUUGUAAAUGAUCUUCAUCAUCAUCAUCUUCUUCUUCUUCUUCAUGUUGCCUCUCUCUCUCUGUUUUUGAGGCUGAUGAUCGGGAGAUCAGAUCACUAAUCAGGACUUUUUUGUUUUUGGUUUCUUUUUUGUUGUUGAGUGAGUACUGAGUAAUGAACUUGCAUACAAGUUUUUGGAUAUUCCAUAAUGAAACGGGGGCAUUCUGUCGGCUGUCCUUGUAA